AUGGUUUCUUGGAAAGAAGCGUUUGCCUUGUCUGCGGAGGCUGUUGAUGCAGCCACUCCUCCUGGAACUGUUCGUAUCCAUCGCGAACAUGAACACACUGACCAUGAGAUUGCAAACCUCCCACCCUUGACCGAUGACCCUCGAGAUCCGUUGAACUUUCCAGCUUGGAGAAAGUUCGCCGCCUUGAUCGUUGCCGCCCUCUAUGGGUUUGUCGCAAACUACACCAGCGGUGUCAUCGCACCAGCUUUCCAGCUCUGGGCGCACAACUUCCCUCACGACCCAAGGUCGUAUUCCGAAUUGACCACCCUUGUCGCCGUCCAUGUCUUGUUCCUCGGCGCAGCCAACAUCUGGUGGGUUCCUUUCUCCAACUGGAUAGGACGACGCCCCGUGCUUCUUGUUGCUACGCUCCUCAUGACGCUUAGCACUCUCUGGUGUGGACUCUCGACGUCGUACAACUCUCUUCUUGCAGCUCGCAUCUUUCAGGGCAUUGGAGGUGCAGCUGCAGACUCGGUUGCUCCAGCUCUGGUCGGAGAUUUAUACCCUGUUCACCAGCGAGGAAGGGCGAUGGCACUCUACACCAUCAUGCUCUGCGCGGGCCCCCUCGCCGGAGGACUUUCCGGAGGCUACAUCGUAUUCCGUCACGGCUGGAAAGCCCUCUUCUGGGUCAGCUUGGCCCUCUCUGCACUCUGUUGCCUUGGAGUAGCACUCUUUGUCCCCGAGACGCUUUACGAGAGGAGCUUCGCAAGCGAAACGAUCACAGCGGAGAAUUCUGAGAAGAAAAUGGCCCAAGAGGAGCAAGUGGAAGACAAGCAGUCAACUGGCACAAGCCAAGACCACGGAAGCUACAAGCCUUUCACGGUUGCUCAGGCGUUGGGUUUCCAGCGCCCUCGUGGAAGCUUGGCACGACAGUUCUUGCAACCAUGGAAAACUCUCGCACUGCCAGGCACAUGGGUGGUGAUGCUUCACUACGCUGGUCUGGUUGGUGGUAUCGUCACCAUCUCAACCAUCGGCUCGCAGAUAAUGGCUCAACCGCCUUACCUCUGGGGCGCCAAUGCAGGACUUAUCAAUGUUGGCGCGCUCAUUGGAACUGUUAUCGGAUACCUCUACACUCACAUGCUCGCUGAUGGAAGCCUGGUUAAGAAAGCAAGCAACAAGCGACAUGGCGUAGCAGAAGCCGAGGAUCGACUGCCUACACUGUUCUUUCCACUCGCUACUGCAACCUGCGGAUUCCUUGUAUUUGGAUUCUGCGCUCAGUACCCAGGUCCGAAGCAGUGGGUUGGCUUGGAGGUUGGCUAUGGAAUGCUCUCUUUUGGGCUCAUGCAAGUGCCAUCUGUAGGAUUCAACUAUCUCAUCGAUUCGUAUCACUCUCUCGCCGCGGACUGCUUCACCAUGGUAACGAUCCUGCGGGCUACCAUUGCCUUUGCAUGGUCUUACUUUGUGGCUGAUUGGAUCCACGAUAGGGGUGCAGCUGAACCGUUUGGUAUCUUUGCUAUGUUGAUGGGCUUGUUUUCACUGUUGACGGUACCUCUCUGGAUGUAUGGAAAGCGCAUGAGGAUUGCCACAGCCGCUCGUGUUGAACGGCGGUAG